UCUCAAGCUAUUUGCGGAUGGAGGCUGCAGGUCCAUAUGUCCAUCCUCACAAACUCACAUGACACCUCCACAACUCCCCUCCCCUCCCCUCCCCUCCCCUCCCUCUCUUUCUCUCUCUAAACCACUUUCUCUCUCUAGACUUUGUUCCUUCUAGUUUUUUAGUCCAAUUUGAUGACUUCUAGUGAUUUUUUUGCAUAUAUUUUACUCUCCCCCUCACCUCUCCAUUAGCUCACAGCUCAUCCUCUCUCGUGUCUGUCACUCACCUCUCUCUCUCCCUCCCUCUCUCUCUCUACCAAGAUGGGAAGCAAUAAGGCCAUCAGUCUGGAGGAGAUCAAAAACGAGUCCGUUGAUCUGGAAAGAAUUCCGGUAGAUGAAGUGUUUGAGCAAUUGAAAUGUACAAAAGAAGGUCUAUCAUCAGACGAAGGAGCCAACCGGCUUCAAAUUUUCGGACCAAACAAACUAGAGGAGAAAAAGGAGAGCAAGGUCCUCAAGUUUUUGGGCUUUAUGUGGAACCCUUUAUCAUGGGUGAUGGAAGCUGCUGCUUUGAUGGCUAUUGCCCUAGCAAACGGCAAUGGAAGACCACCGGAUUGGCAGGAUUUCGUAGGUAUCAUUGCGUUAUUGGUCAUCAACUCUACGAUCAGUUUUAUUGAGGAAAACAAUGCUGGCAAUGCAGCAGCAGCACUAAUGGCUGGACUUGCUCCAAAAACAAAGGUUCUGAGAGAUGGUAGAUGGACUGAGCAGGAUGCAGCUAUCCUAGUUCCGGGGGACAUCAUAAGCAUUAAGUUGGGAGAUAUAGUGCCAGCCGAUGCUCGGCUUCUUGAGGGCGAUCCCCUGAAGAUUGAUCAAUCAGCUCUCACCGGAGAAUCCCUCCCCGUUACUAAGAACCCCUCGGAUGAAGUGUUCUCUGGUUCAACCUGUAAACAAGGUGAGAUUGAAGCAGUUGUUAUCGCUACAGGAGUUCAUACUUUCUUUGGUAAGGCUGCACAUUUAGUGGAUAGCACCAACCAAGUUGGGCAUUUUCAGAAGGUUCUCACUGCCAUUGGUAACUUCUGCAUUUGCUCGAUUCUUGUCGGGAUAAUCAUUGAGCUUAUAGUCAUGUACCCAAUACAGCACCGAAAGUACAGAGAUGGAAUUGACAAUUUACUGGUUCUUUUGAUUGGAGGAAUUCCGAUUGCUAUGCCAACUGUUUUAUCCGUUACCAUGGCCAUUGGUUCCCACAGGCUCUCUCAGCAGGGUGCAAUCACCAAGAGAAUGACUGCCAUUGAGGAAAUGGCGGGCAUGGAUGUUCUCUGCAGUGACAAGACCGGAACUCUUACCCUGAACAAGCUAUCUGUUGACAGAAGCCUGAUUGAAGUGUUCGCAAAAGGCGUGGAGAAAGAGCAAGUAAUGCUGUAUGCAGCAAAGGCUUCACGAACCGAAAAUCAAGAUGCUAUUGAUGCUGCCAUCGUAGGGAUGCUUGCAGACCCCAAGGAGGCAAGAGCUGGAAUUAGGGAGGUUCACUUUCUUCCCUUCAACCCUGUGGACAAGAGGACUGCUCUGACCUACAUUGAUGCUAGUGGAAAUUGGCAUCGAGCCAGCAAAGGUGCCCCCGAGCAGAUACUAGCCCUUUGCAACUGCAAGGAGGAUGUCAGGAGGAAGGUUCAUUCUGUGAUCGAGAAGUUUGCUGAACGUGGGCUUCGAUCUUUGGCAGUUGCUAGACAGGAAGUACCUGAGAAAACAAAAGAGAGUCCUGGGGCACCAUGGCAGCUUGUUGGCCUAUUGCCUUUGUUUGAUCCACCAAGGCACGACAGUGCAGAAACCAUAAGAAGAGCUCUUAAUCUUGGUGUUAACGUAAAGAUGAUUACCGGGGAUCAACUUGCAAUUGCCAAGGAAACUGGUCGCAGGCUAGGAAUGGGAACAAACAUGUAUCCUUCUUCUUCAUUGCUCGGCCAAGACAAGGAUGCAUCCAUUGCAGCCCUCCCUGUAGAUGAGUUGAUCGAGAAGGCUGAUGGAUUCGCUGGAGUAUUUCCAGAGCAUAAAUACGAAAUUGUAAAAAGGUUGCAAGAGAAAAAGCACAUUUGUGGAAUGACGGGAGAUGGUGUCAAUGACGCCCCUGCUUUGAAGAAGGCCGAUAUCGGAAUUGCUGUUGCUGAUGCCACUGAUGCUGCUAGAGGUGCGUCCGACAUUGUCCUUACUGAACCGGGGUUAAGUGUCAUCAUAAGUGCAGUGCUCACUAGCAGGGCAAUUUUUCAAAGGAUGAAAAACUACACGAUCUAUGCUGUUUCAAUUACCAUCCGAAUUGUGUUUGGGUUCAUGCUCAUUGCUUUGAUAUGGAAGUUUGAUUUUGCUCCUUUCAUGGUUCUAAUUAUUGCCAUUCUAAAUGAUGGAACAAUCAUGACAAUCUCAAAGGAUCGAGUGAAGCCAUCUCCAAUGCCAGACAGUUGGAAACUAAAAGAGAUUUUUGCAACAGGCAUUGUGCUUGGUGGUUACCUGGCACUAGCGACAGUUCUGUUCUUCUGGAUUAUGAUAGAUACUGAUUUUUUCCAUGACAAAUUCGGUGUAAGAGCAGUGAGAGACAACCCUCGUGAAAUGAUGGCAUGCUUGUACCUACAAGUGAGCAUUGUGAGUCAAGCUCUCAUAUUUGUUACAAGGUCUCGCAGCUGGUCCUUUGUAGAACGCCCUGGAUUACUCUUAGUCACAGCUUUCUUCGUAGCUCAAUUGGUUGCGACUCUAAUAGCUGUCUACGCCAACUGGGGUUUUGCAAAGAUAGAAGGAUGUGGCUGGGGUUGGGCUGGGGUCAUAUGGCUUUACAGCGUGGUAACAUAUAUUCCACUUGACAUUCUCAAAUUCGCCAUCCGAUACAUUCUAAGUGGGAAGGCUUGGGAUACUCUCUUGGAAAAUAGGACCGCCUUUACUACCAAGAGUAACUACGGGAAAGAAGAGAGGGAAGCACAAUGGGCAACUGCACAGAGGACUCUACAUGGCCUUCAGCCACCUGAAUCCUCUAAUAUUUUCUCCGAUAAGAGCAGUUAUAGGGAGCUUUCGGAGAUUGCAGAGCAAGCAAAGAGACGGGCUGAGGUUGCAAGGCUUCGGGAGUUGCAUACGCUGAAGGGGCACGUCGAAUCGGUGGUGAAGCUGAAAGGACUAGACAUUGAUACCAUCCAACAGCAUUAUACAGUCUGAGCAAGCGCUUGAAAGAGAACGUUGGACCCUGUGUUGGUUGAACAAAAAAAAAAUGACAUAAUUAAGAAGCAUUGGAGGCAUAUGUAAGACUAAUAUUAUGUCCAGACUAUAGUAGGUUAGAGUGAUGUCUCUUUUGAUAGCUAGUAAUUCAAAUGUCAGUUUUACUUGGUGCC